AAAGAACUUGCUACGGCGUAGUAAGCACGAAACAGAAUCAAUUUUAGUAUUAUAACGAGCGCUGAUCUCAUCGGACGGGCUUCGUCGCAUUUCUUCUCUUGACUUUUAAUAUUGGUUUUUCAAAGUGCUAGGCCAGCAAACUCCCUUUGCCAUUUGUGUUGCGCAUUACUUGGACUUGGCCACGCAAGAUGGUCGAUGUGAACUUGCUUGGCGCUUUGGCGGUGGGAGCCGUAGUCCUGCUGUUCUAUCACCACAUCGCGAAAAAGUAUCAUUACUUUUUGACCAAACCGAUUCCGUGCAUCAAACCCACCUUCCUGUGGGGUAUUUUCGAUAUGGUGAUCAUCAAACGGAUCGAGUUGGUUUUCGGAUCGAAAGUUCUGUACAACACUUUUCCUGAUGCCAAAAUUAUCGGCUACUACGAAUUCACUAAACCAGCAUACAUGUUACGUGACCCGAAGAUGAUCAAAAAGAUCACUAUACGGGACUUCGAUAGUUUCAUCGAUCGUACACCGGUGUUCGGCGAGAAUGUCCCUCACGACAGUUUGUUCUUCAACUCGCUGUUCUCGCUCCGGGGACAAAAAUGGCGCGACAUGCGAUCGACGCUGAGCCCUACCUUUACCGGCAGUCGCAUACGGCACAUGUUCGAGUUGGUGGCAAACUGUGCCACCAGUAUGACUGGAUUUUUCCAAUCGGAAGCCAAGCAUGGCGACGGUUUGGAACUCGACAUGAAGGAAACCUUCUCGCGGUUCGUCUGCGACGCAAUCGCUACGGUCGCGUUCGGGAUAGAGGUGGAUUCGUUCCGCGAUCCGGAUAACGAGUUCUACACCAGAGGAAAGCAGACGCAGAAAAUUCAUUCAUUUCCGUCGUUGGCGAGAUUCAUUGCCUUGCGGGUUUUACCUUUUUUGCAAAAAAUUCUACACUUCGAUCUUGUGGAUGUGAAUCUGGCGGAUUACUUCAAAAAGGUCUUCAAGGACAAUAUGGAACAGCGCAAAAGUCGAGGAAUCAUUCGGAACGAUUUGAUUAACAUGUUGAUGGAUGCCCAGAAAGGGGCGCUGACACAUGAAAAGCAGGAAACCGAACACGCCGAGGGUUACGCAAUUGUUGACGAAUCCGACGUGGGCAAAUCGACGCAUUCCAGAGUUUGGACGGAAAACGAAUUGAUCGCCCAGUGUUUCCUGUUUUUCUUCGCCGCGUUCGACAAUAUAUCCAGCAUCUUGUCUUUACUCUCCUACGAGCUCACCGUGAAUCAGGACAUUCAAGACCGACUCUACGAGGAAAUUUGCAAAACUGAAUUAUCUCUGGAUGGUAACCCUCUAACCUAUGAUACCCUUCAGAAGAUGCCCUACAUGGAUACGGUUGUAUCGGAGGCACUUCGUAAAUGGCCGACAGCCACCCUGACGGAUCGGUACACCAACAAAGACUACGUCUUCGACGACGAAGAAGGGCUGCGUUUUACCAUCGAAAAAGGUAACACCAUUUGGGUGCCGAUGUUGGCAUUGCAGCAUGAUCCGCAAUAUUUCCCGGAUCCGGAGCGAUUCGACCCGGAACGGUUCAGCGAAGCCAAUCGCUCGAAAAUCAUACCGGGAACAUAUCUUCCGUUCGGAGCCGGACCAAGAAACUGCAUCGGAUCGAGACUGGCGCUGUUGGAGAUCAAGAUAGCGAUGUACCAUCUGUUGCGCGAGUUCAGCCUGCAAGCUUCCGCCAGGACGCAGAUUCCGCUCAAGUUGUCCAAGAGUGCUUUCAGCUUGCAACCGGAGCAGGGCGUUUGGUUGAAAUUGAAAGCCAGAUGAACGACGAAGAUGCACUUGAUUUUUUUAUGAUACGACUAACGCACGACCGCACCGGAAACUGAUAUCUUAUCAAUUGUUAUUCUAUCGUAGAUAAGUAAGUCACAUUGACUACAGUCAUGGUAUGUUUUUAAAAACAAUAAUAUUUGGAAGUUAUCCAAUUUAAUGUAAUACUAAUAAUAAUAACUUAAUUUGUUUGACGUCAAUACAAAUCUAACAUAUUAUAUUGGAAUUUAAAUAAAGUUACUGCAAAGCAUAAA